AUGUCCGAUGACACGCGCUACAUGUAUCCGGCCCGUAAAGCCCACGCGAUGGACCUCGACUCGUCCCUCAACCCCGAGGGGGAUCAGAAGCAAAGGUGGGGGAGCGCUGCCUCCAUCGCGGAAGUCAUGUCGCCCACCGCGGAGAUCAAGCCCAGCGCUCCGCAGGUGACGCACUUUGGCACCGGGCUUGGCGUUCAGAGCUCCACCGGCGACCUUACCCUGCAAGACGCCGACAGCGACGGCGACAAGACCGAAGUUGUGAACGAGUUUGACCUGGCCGCCUACUCGAAGGAGGACCUCACGCAAACUCUGCAUCGGCGCAUCAUGAGUCGCAUGUUCUCUGCCUUCGACGUCACGCAGGUGGGCUACCUGGACAUCAACAAGCUCAAGGAGCUCUGCGUCUAUGUUGGCCGCAACAUGUCGCCGGAGGCUUCAGAGAAAAUGUUCGAUGAGCUCAAGGGCAUCGACGGGCACAUCACGUUCGACGUCUUUUGGAAUUGGUGGACGACCUACCCAGACACCAAGAUGACCAAGGACACCUUCUCCCUCGUGUCCGCCGACUUCUCCGUGCCUUAUCAUCAGCAGCAGCUCAAAAUCAAGGAGGAGGGGGAGAUUUUCACCCCGAGCUACCGCGUGAAGUACUACUUCAAGGAUAUGGAGACAGGCUUACGCCGUCGCGUGAGUCCGUGGCACGACAUUCCGCUUUACGUGCGCGACCCGGUGCGCACAAAGCCGGAGAGCAUCCGCGCCAACCGCUACAACUUCAUCUGCGAGAUUCCGAAGUGGACACGCGCCAAGUUCGAGAUCGCCACCGACGAGCCGUUUAACCCCAUCAAGCAGGACAUCAAGAACGGUGUGCCACGAUUCUACAAGCACGGAGACAUGAUGUGGAACUAUGGCGCCUUCCCGCAGACGUGGGAGAGCACGGAGGUGAUCUUCGAGGACGGCGUCAGCGGUGACAACGACCCAAUAGACGGCGUCGAAAUCGGCAUGCGCCAGAUGCGCGUCGGCGAAGUCCACCCUGUCCGCAUCCUCGGCGUCCUCGGCAUGAUCGAUGACGGGCAGAUGGACUGGAAGGUGAUCUGCAUGUCCGUCAAUGACCCAGUCGCGCGCUUCAUCAAAGACAUCGACGACAUCCCAAAGUUCUUGCCCGGCUGCCUCGAUGCACUGCGCGAGUGGUUCCGGGUGUACAAGAUUUGCCAGGGCGGGGUCGAAAACAAGUUUGCCUUCAACGGUGAAUACAAGGACAAGACCUACGCUAUGAAGGUUGUGGACGAGUCGCAUUACAUGUGGGAGAACCUGCGCAAGAUUAAGAAGAAGGAGGAGGUGUGA